UAUUUCGAGUAAAACUCGUCACAUUUUAUCCUGGCGUCUUGUUGAGAAGUUGCACAUCUAUGGAGCUUACAACAGCACUGGCACUCGUCACUGACUCCAACCAGACCGUCAAGAACGAGUCAUCUGUGGCCUGUUCGCGCGAGAGCGCUCUGAAGACAACCGUGUUCCCUCUUCUCUACACCGUGCUCUUCAUCCUGGGCUUGUCGCUGAACAGCCUGGCAGCAUGGGUGUUCCUCCGAAUCCCCAGUAAAUCUCACUUCAUCAUCUAUCUGAAGAACAUCGUGGUGGCCGACAUUAUCAUGACCCUCACCUUCCCCUUCAAGAUCCUCGCUGAUGCCAACUUGGCAUCUGUCGGCGAGCGUGUGUUCGUCUGCCGUGUGUCAUCCGUGCUCUUCUACCUCACCAUGUACAUCAGCAUCCUCUUCUUCGGCUUGAUCAGCAUCGACCGCUGCAGAAAGACCAUGUGGCCCUUUGUGGGCACCAGCCCUAGACGCCUGCUGCACAGAAAGCUCCUCUCCGGCUUCAUUUGGACGUCGCUCUUGGCUCUUUCUCUGCCCAACGUAAUCCUGACGAGCCGGCCCAACACUUCGAGUCGCUUUAAAUGCAGUGACCUCAAGACAGAGAUGGGACUGAAGUGGCACGAGCUGGUCAAUCACGUGUGCCAGGUGAUCUUUUGGGGGAACCUCGUGACGGUUAUAGUAUGCUACACGCUCAUCUCGAAAGAGCUCUACAAGUCUUACGCCCGCACACGAGCUCAACACCAGGCAAGGCCAGGAACAAACACCCCUCAGAAAAAGAGCAUUCAAGCCAACGUGUUCCUGGUGUUGGCGGUCUUCUUUGUUUGCUUCGUCCCCUUCCACUUCGCCCGAGUGCCGUACACCAUCAGCCAGACCCGAGGACGCAUGUUUGAUUGCCAGCAGAAGCUGUUUUUCUUCCAGCUGAAGGAGAGCACGCUGUGGCUGUCCUCCCUUAACUCUGUGCUGGAUCCGCUCAUCUACUUCUUCCUCUGUAAGUCGUUCAGGAGCUCGCUGUUCAACACCAUGCGUCUGUCUCCGGGCCGCUGCAGGGCGCUCAGGGAGCUCGGGACAGACUCGGCCAGCACUCCUCAGAUGUGACGGACAAACAGUCUUUCUGUGCUGCUGGAAACACUCUCAUCAAUGUGAAAAUGAUAGGGUUCUUCUACACUAAUAAUCUUACUGACAUCAAUAUUCUUCUGUGUGUAAACAUAUUUUCGUGCUCAGAGCUGGGCAGUGACUGAUCACAUAUAAUCUGGAUUAAUCAGGGCUGCGUUUCCCAAAAUAAGUACAUCGUA